CCUAGAAUUAUAAUUCAACGUUUUUUGAGUUUUUUCAUUCCCAACCGUAGUCGGUAUAAUUUCCCUCGUAAUUGAAAGUGUAUAUUUUUAAAAUUGUGUAGAUAAAAACAUUAUAAAGUUAACUGUCAAAGUACCUUGAAUUAAGAUAAAUUAGGUAAAAUGUUUCCACAAAGUACAGCAUUAGGAAAUACGACAACGUCGUCUUCGAAUCCAAUGAAGGAUUUCGAAGUUGUUUCCCCACCGGAUGAUUCUGUGUCGAGUUUAGCUUUCAGUCCUGCGACAUUGCCGCAAAAUUUUCUUGUCGCUGGUUCAUGGGACUAUAAUGUUCGUUGUUGGGAGGUCGAACAAACAGGUAAAACAAUUCCAAAAUCAAUGCAAACGAUGGGAGGACCAGUUCUCGAUGUAUGCUGGAGUGAUGAUGGAACAAAGGUAUUCAUGGCCGCUUGUGAUAAAAUGGUAAAAUGCUGGGAUUUAGGUUCAAAUCAAAGUAUUCAGGUUGCUGCUCACGACGCACCAGUUAUGACUUGUCACUGGAUCAAAGGGACCAAUUACUCCUGUUUAAUGACUGGUUCAUGGGAUAAAACUUUAAAGUUUUGGGAUACUCGCAGUCCCAAUCCAAUGCUGACAAUCAAUUUACCGGAAAGGUGUUAUUGUGCUGAUGCGGAUUAUCCGAUGGCAGUUGUGGGAACAGCAAAUAGGGGUUUAAUUAUUUAUCAAUUGGAAGGCACACCACACGAAUAUAAGAGGGUCGAUUCGCCCUUGAAAUAUCAGCAUCGUUGUCUCGCUAUUUUUCGUGACAAGAAAAAGGAACCGACUGGUUUUGCUUUAGGUAGCGUUGAAGGAAGAGUAGCAAUUCAGUACGUCAAUCCUACAAAUCCAAAAGAAAACUUUACAUUCAAGUGUCAUCGAUCUAACGGAACACCAAAUGGUUACCAAGACAUUUAUGCGGUCAAUGACAUAGCGUUUCAUCCAGUUCAUGGAACUUUGGCAACAGUUGGCAGUGAUGGUACAUUUAGUUUUUGGGACAAGGACGCCCGUACAAAAUUGAAACCAUCAGAGCCUAUGGAGCAGCCCAUUACUCGUUGUUGCUUCAAUCACAAUGGUCAAAUUUUCGCUUACGCAGUAUCCUACGAUUGGUCUAAGGGACACGAAUUCUACAAUCCAGCAAAGAAAAAUCACAUUUUCUUGAGGUCUUCAUACGACGAAAUGAAGCCAAGAACAACAUCAUAAAAUCACCGACUAAAAUUCAAAAAUAGUACUUUACGUUCUUCGAAUAUCGCAAUUUUUUGUUCUUUACUACUUUUAUAAAAAAUUAAAUACGUUCAAUUUUCUCUAAGAAAUCAAAAGCAAUUAACAAUUUUGAAAUUACAUUUAGCGGCGAGAUAUUUUUUUAUUGUAUCGUAUUUUUUUACUGUGAAGAUUGUUAGCUCUUAUGCAAAAAGGACAUUGUGAGAUGUGAAUUUAGUUUAGAAUGUUUCAUAAAAAAUUGUUAAGUGAUAAUUAAUUGUUACCUCCAUUCAUUAAAAUUACAUGUUAAUUACUCUCAAAAGUAUUUACGAUAAGAAAAAUUAUUUUAAAAACAAUAAGGCAAGAAAAGAAUUUUGCUUAAGGUCAAUACUUUUGUAUAGUAAUGUAAAUUAUAAUUCAGUUUACUUUAUUGAGGUAAUGUUAAUUUUAACUUGUAAAAAGUAAAAAUAAGUAUAUAAUAAAAAUGACAAUAUGUAUUGAAAA